CUGUGGGAACCGCAGGGGGUCUGCAGGGGGAGGAGGAUUCACGUUCAACUGGAAUCUGCCACACUUUGGAGAAACAACCGGGUCAGAACCAGAACCGACAUCUGAAGGAACCAGAACCGACCAGAACCAACUGACCCAAAACCAUCCGACCCAGAUGGUCCAGAACCAUCUGAUCCGGAACCAUCUGACACAGAACCAUCCGAUCCAGAACCAUCCGACCCAGAACCAUCCGACCCAGAUGGUCCAGAACCAUCUGAUCCGGAACCAUCCGACCCAGAACCAUCUGACCCAGAACUAUCUGAUCCAGAACCAUCUGAUCCAGAACCAUCCGACCCAGAACCAUCUGACCCAGAACUAUCUGAUCCAGAACCAUCUGAUCCAGAACCAUCCGACCCAGAACCAUCUGAUCCAGAACCAUCCGAUCCGGAACCAUCUGACCCAGAACCAUCUGAUCCAGAUGGUCCAGAACCAUCCGAUCCAGAACCAUCUGAUCCAGAACCAUCCGACCCAGAACCAUCCGAUCCAGAACCAUCAGACCCAGAACCAUCUGAUCCAGAACCAUCCGAUCCAGAACCAUCCGAUCCAAGACUUUAGUUUAAAUCAGAAUCAAGUCAUCUUGAUCCAGAGGUUCUGAAGUAGAUGUUUAAUAACCUUUGGUUCUGAUCUGUUGGUUCUGAUUUGUUGGUUCUGAUUUGUUGGUUCUGAUCUGUUGGUUCUGAUUUGUUGGUUCUGAUCUGUUGGUUCUGAUUU